AUGCAGACCCCAGGGCCCGAGCACGACGACUCCUUCGACUUCCUGUUCAAGAUCAUCCUCAUCGGAGACUCCAACGUGGGCAAGACCUGCGUGGUGCAGAAUUUCAAGUCUGGGAUUUUCGCAGAGAGGCAGCAGAACACCAUCGGCGUGGACUUCACCGUGCGCACCGUGGACGUCGAGGGGAAGAAAGUCAAGAUCCAGGUGUGGGACACGGCAGGUCAGGAGAGGUUUCGUACCAUCACCCAGAGCUACUACCGCAGCGCUCAUGGCGCCAUGAUCGCCUAUGACAUCACACGACGCUCGACCUUUGACUCGGUGAAACACUGGAUCAAGGAGGUGGAGCUGUACGGGGCAACUAAUGUGGUGCUGGUACUCAUAGGUAACAAAUGUGACAUGGAGCCGGAGCGACAGGUUCAGUUUGAAGAUGCCUGCGAUCUGGCAAAGGAGCGAGGAAUCCUCGCUGCUCUAGAAACAUCGGCAAAGGAGAGUCAGAACGUGGCGGAGGCCUUCAUGAUGAUGGCCAGAGAGCUGAUCUAUCGCAACGGCCUCAACGUCCACCAGGGAGAAGUGAGGAGCACACCUCGGGUUUCCCUCGGAGCCGACUCCCGGCCGGUUAACGGCGUAGUCGGUGCCUACGAACCCCCAGAGAAGAAGUCCUGUUGCUGA